AUGGCACACUUACCUCUUGCAUUAUUAUGGGCCGCAGAACUGUACGUUGCGGACGACUACGUGAAUGCGUCCAGCAUGUGGCUUGCUGCGCAACUUCGCUGUGGGCUGUUGGUACCAUACAAUGGCAAUCACGGGUCUCCUGACCAAGGCCAGAAGACGGGUCUGGACAUGCGCCUCGUUGCAGGGUAG